CGGAAAUCCGGCCCGGGCCUAGACUACGCAGUUUGCUGAUGUCGUCUGCGUAGUGCGAAAUCUGAGAGAAAAACGAGAGAUUUUCACUUCGCUUAGGGAUUUAAUACACGACAAACAUGGAUUUUCUCAAAGCUGAAAUUGCUAGGAAAAAGAAACAGCUAGAAGCGAGCAAAGUUGUUGCUCCGGAUUCUGAGAAAAAGUUUUUCAAACGAGGAGAUUUGAUGAAACAACAGGAAGAAGCCUAUUGGAAAAGACAUCAAAAGGAUGACAGUUCUGAUUCCAAAGAGAUCAAAGAUGACAAGAAGAGAAGAGAAUCAAUAGAAACGAUGGAUCCUAAUCUAGUCACUCUAUCCAGACAAGAGGUCAUCAAACGGCUGAGAGAGAGACAGGAACCAAUCAAAUUGUUCGGUGAAACAGAUGCCGAGGCGUUCUUCAGACUACGACGCUAUGAGAUGUUGGCACCAGAAGUCAAUAAGGGUUUGCGCAACGACUUCAAGGAGGCCAUGGACAAAGUAGAUCAGCAGUAUCUGGAGGAGAUGGUCAAACUACAAGGAGAGGAUGUACCCAACAGAGCUUAUGACAUCAAGUUUGAGGACGAUGGGUCGACGAUUGAUGACAUCAUCGAGAUGUCAUCUGGUAUGGGCCAGGGAGAUGAUGAACUGGAUAGUAAUGUCAUCAUGAGAUACGUCAAGUUCUUGCUGAAGAUGUGGGCCCAAGAGCUGAACCGACGAGAGGAACAUGUCAAACGCAGCAACAAAGGCAAACUGGAGAGCGCCACCUAUAGUCAGACAAAAGGGUACCUCCAACCGCUCCUGAGAAAACUCAAGAAACAGUCUUUAGCUCCAGACCUGCUUGACAGCCUUGUCACCAUUGUCAGAUACAUGCUGAACAGAGACUAUGUCAAGGCUAGUGACACAUACCUUCAGAUGGCUAUCGGCAAUGCUCCAUGGCCCAUCGGAGUCACCAUGGUGGGAAUUCACGCUCGGACAGGAAGAGAAAAGAUCUUCUCCAAGAAUGUGGCUCAUGUGCUCAAUGACGAAACACAAAGAAAAUUUAUUCAGGCAUUGAAGAGACUAAUGACCCAGUGUCAGAGGCAUUUCCCGACAGUUCCAUCAAGGAGUGUGGAGUACGUCAAGAGUGACAUCAUUGAACACUGACAGUAUUACAUUGUCUCUCAACC